CAUAAAACAAAACCAAACAUGAAGUUAGUCAUUAUCUUUGCCUGUACAUUAGCUUUCAUAGUGCUGGACACUUCAGCAGAUGAUGUUGGCAAUGUCUUAAGUGCUUCUCAAUUUGAGCAAUUGCUGAAACACAGAAACGAUGGGGCAUGUGAGGGCAAGGGUUUCUACUCCUACAACGCUUUCCUCACUGCAGCUAGAUCAUUCGGUGGGUUUGGCACCACUGGAGAUUUUAACACUCGUAAGAGGGAGAUUGCAGCUUUCUUGGCCCAAACCUCUCACGAGACCACAGGAGGAGCGAAUAGUUCCCCAGAUGGGCCAUAUGCUUGGGGUUAUUGCUUUGUCACGGAAAGGAAUAAGGGUAACACAUACUGUGAUCCCGGAGCAGCAUGUGCCCCAGGCAAAUCAUAUUAUGGCCGAGGAUCCAUUCAACUAACACACAACUACAACUAUGAUAAAGCUGGAAAAGCCUUAAAGGUGGACUUGAUAAACAAUCCAGACCUGGUAGCCAGAGACGCUGUGAUAUCAUUCAAGACAGCUAUAUGGUUUUGGAUGACACCACAAGGUAAUAAGCCAUCAUGUCAUGACGUCAUCACCAACCGGUGGACACCGUCUGCUGCUGACAAGGCAGCUAAUAGACUCCCAGGUUACGGUGUGAUCACAAACAUUAUCAAUGGUGGGAUUGAAUGUGGACAUGGUCCCACUGAUGCCUCAGGUAAUAGAAUUGGGUUUUAUAAGAGGUACUGUGACAUUUUUGGACUCACAUAUGGGCCCAACUUGAAUUGUAGAGACCAAAGGCCUUUUGGUGGGUAAGUUGGGCUCUAUGCUUUGUA